UAAGGCAUAUCAACGAGACUGCAGAGAGUGAGAGAGAAUCAAGGAGUUUAUUUUGAGGAACAGAGGUAGAGAGAAAGAGAGAAAAAGUUGCAGAGAAAUGGCUUCGAAUGCAGCGGUUCCCUUUUGGAGAGCGGCGGGGAUGACUUACAUCACAUACUCAAACAUUUGCGCCAAUCUGGUCAGGAACUGUCUCAAGGAGCCUUACAAGACCGAGGUUCUCAGCCGCGAGAAGGUUCACUUUUCCGUUUCCAAGUGGGUUGACGGCAAGCCCCAAAAGCCCACUCUGAGAUCGGACACUCCUGAAGCGUGAAGGUGGUGGGAGUUGGCGUUUUGAAGGUGUUUCUGUUUUUAUUAUAAACAUGAUCACUUUUUGGAAUCAAACCUUUUAUGGAAAUAAAUUGAUGAAUCUCUGAAAUUUCCAUGGGGUUGAACCGAACACCCUCUCAUUCCCAUAUUGUAAACCAAAAGCGGUUCAUAAGCUCUCAUUUCUUUUAAAACCUAUUUACAGUUAAUUCCAAUAAUUAAUUUUCUAACCGCUGGCGUUGGGCCGUUGGCUGUAUUCCUUCCGUUAAAUAAUGGAUUUAAUUUUUCAUUUA